ACUUUACCAGCCACGCGGAACAUGGGUACCUCAUCUACGUACAGCGCUCUUCAGAUGUCUUCUGCUGCGUUAAGCAUUCCCUUCUUGAUUUCUUCCUGUACAUACUUUCAACAUGACAUAGCUCCAUACCGAUUACUUUUGUCCGAUAGUUGUGUCACAUCGUCCCCCCGUCCUCGGUCUCGCAGCCCGACCGCAUCUACUCCAUCCACAUCAGUCUUUCAAUCGCGCCUCCAGCCAAGAGCCUCGUUCGUCUUCCUCGAGCACCUGAAUACCCUGCCUAUGGCUGUCCUCAAUGAUUGUGAAAGACCCUGAACUCGUCCCUUCCGCUGCUGGAUCUCCCCAGAGUUUAUCCUCUGUUGCCAGAAUGGCUACCUCGAUGAACCCUCUCGACCUCUACCAUGACCCUGCGCUUGAUGCUCUGGUUCUUCAGAACAAAACACGGACAAAAGCUAACAACGGUGGGAGUCGCCGGCAUAGUAUGGGUCAGUCCAAGCGGACGUACACUGAAGACACAGAUGCUGCCCAGCUCCCUCCUCCAGCGGCGCCCGAAGUUCCUCGAGGACCGCCAAUUUCUUAUCGAACCUCGGGGCAAGGCGAGCCCGCCGUUCACAGAUCAUUCUCGCAAAGAGCUAAGGGGAGGCCAUUCCACAGAGAAGCAUUUGCAGACAUGAACGAGGGCCAUCCGGAUGAGAACAACAACCCUAAGCCGAGCGCAAUGUCGGACACAGAUCACGAGGACGUCGCUCCGAUCAUUCCUAGAAAACCUGUCCAGGCGGAUGGCCUGCGCAUAAGAACUACAGAUCUCAACAGCACGAGUCCGGUUACCAUGCCACGGCGCGACAUUCAGUCUGCGUCCGGACCGAGAUCAGAUCAGGCCAGAAGCACUCAAAAGUCUCGCCGUACCUCUGAUAUACCGCGGUAUACCGAGGAACCCAUCUCGGCAGUGAGCAGAUCGAGUGCGCUCCGGGAGGACGCUCACCGUCGCGAUUGGGCUCCAGAUCGAUCUCCACUUCAAAAGCUGGAGGUCACGCUCAACGACAUCAACAAAGAAGCAAAGCGUGCCAGGGCACAGGAAGCGGAGAUGCUCUUGCGAGAACGCAACGCAUCAAAAUUGGCCGGCGAGGUCGAAUCGCCUCGGCAAGCCCCUCCUGCCCAUAAAAUAGCCGCUUCGUCCAGACGGUCCGCAUCAAACCGUGACCUGCCAGAUGAGCCAGAAGUGCCGAGCUUGGAAGACGCAGGAUUUGUCCGAAAUCUUAGCACAACUCACCGCCAGCGAUUGCAGCACAGCACAACACUCGACAACCGUCGGCCGGAUGUGAGGACUCUAUCUGGUGAAGGACCUCCUGGCUUUGAUUACACAAUAUCAAGUCCUCUCCAGACCAGCAAUGAAAGUCAGCCUCGUCGAGCAAGCGCCAAAUAUGGCUGGGAUGAGACGCGUACCGAUGAGCCAGUAAGAGUACUGUCUCAGGUACCCGUUGAAGUGGCCAAGGGGCAAGCAGAGAGACUUCAAGCCAAAAAUCGUCAAAAUGUCAGACCAGCCGACGAACAGUCAUUAUCUUCUGAUGGAUUGUCGAGAGCACCUCUCGUCCCUGAGACUCAAAUCAGGCGCACGUCUGGACGAGGAAGCUUUAUAGAACGACAAAACGCCUCCCACAAAGCAGCCUUGGAGAAAUUGACAGGAGUAUCUGCACCCAAUCGUCUUACAAGAGAAGGAUCUCGCAAGCUCCAAAAGACUCGGCCAGCAUCCGUAGAACGACGCGUACCUUCUGACCCACACCCAAGUCGAAUUCCAGUGCCAACUACCACAGCAAGCAUGAGAGCUCAGAAGCCUGAAGCGCACGAUCAGACUGCUGGUGCCCUUGCGUCAAAUUCGCCUGCUAACCAACGUCGUCUGCCGCAAACACCUCCUCUAGCCUCUCAAGGUCUUCAGCCUUCACCGCACCCCAGCAGUCCCAGGUCGCCACCCGAAAAGGUUGCUGAUGUGAUACGGCAAAGGCAGCGGAAAUCAAGCGUCUCUUUCAAAGAGCCUAUGAACCGGCGGCCCGUGGAUGAGUGGAAAGAGGCUGGAACAGCGAGGCUGACUUCAGACCAUUUCUCCACCGAGGUAGCUGCACCAAUUGACAAGAGCAAGCCCUGGUGGGAACAGUCGGCAGCACCUUCUGGUCGACGACGGAGUAGGUCAAACUCAGUAUCUCAUCAAUCGGGCUUAGACGCUCCCAUCGACGAUAAGACGGCGGAGUUCAGGCCAAGGCUUUACCUACGCUGUGGGCCUUUGCUUCGAUAUACGGGGAUGAAGAGGAUCAAGGUCGAGAAGGGCGAAGAUCGAGAAGUAUGGCGAGGAAGCGUUUUGAUCGUAACCCAGGACUCGCAUUCCUCCUACGAAGAGCCGCCGACGCUGCGCCUGUUCUCUCAGCCCCAGAGAUUACUUCCUCCACCGCCUCAUGAAGUAGUUGAAGAUGGCCUAAGUCCUGAGUACAUUGACCCUAUCGCUGGCUUGACAAAGCUUUCAAGAACAGGUCGCGCACUAUAUGUUCGGCCCAUUGAUCAUAUUGAAGAGGGCAAAGAUCUGUCACAAAUGGAGAACAAUGACGGUCUGUUCGAAGACUCGCCUAGUCCGACGGAUCUAGAUGGACUUCACCAUGCAAAUCCAAGCAGAAAGUCUUCUGAAGCUGACGGCGAGCGGCUGGGAAGAUAUUCCGAAGUCAAAGGUGCAAGGUUGUAUGCCGACCCCGACAGGGACGUGACAUUCUGGCGGUUCAAUCUCGAGAUCGAACUUGCGGAGGAGCAACAGCAUAUUGCAUACCGAAUCAACAGAAGUGCUUCUGUUGGUUUUUGGGUUCCUGGUCGCGGCCAGACCAUGAACAUGAUGUUUCACAGCUGCAAUGGAUUUAGCCUAUCGGUGAAUCCAAACAAUUUCGGUGGACCAGACCCAUUGUGGAGAGAUGUUCUGAAUACUCAUCAGACUCGACCCUUCCAUGUCAUGAUUGGUGGCGGCGAUCAAAUCUACAAUGACAGAGUCAUGCUUGACACACAGCAUUUCGGCGAAUGGACCCGAAUGCGGAACCCUGCCCACAAACACCAUGCUCCCUUCACACACGAAAUGAAAGAAGAGCUCGAGAGUUUCUAUCUCAACAGGUACGCGAUGUGGUUUUCUCAAGGUCUGUUCAGUAUGGGCGCUAGUCAGAUCCCGAUGGUCAAUAUUUGGGACGAUCAUGACAUUAUCGACGGGUUUGGAUCAUAUCCCCAUCAUUUCAUGGAAACUCCAGUAUUCUCCGGGAUAGGAAGCGUUGCUUUCAAGUACUACAUGCUUUUCCAACACCAGAGUGUCUCAGAGGAGACGACUGCUCACGAGCCCAGUUGGGUCCUGGGCAGGGAACCCGGGCCUUACAUCAAACAAGUCAGCAGGAGCGUAUUUAUGCACAUGGGCAAGCAUGUUGCAUUCCUAGGCCUGGACUGUAGGACAGAACGCAUGCGCAACGAGGUCCUCAGCGUUGACACCCUUGAUAUUGUACUCGAGCGGUGCCGCAAAGAACUCAUCGAGGGCGAAACAAAACAUUUACUCGUGUUGCUGGGAGUUCCGAUCGCCUACCCUCGACUGGUAUGGUUGGAGAAUGUGUUGACGAGUCGUCUUAUGGACCCUGUGAAAGCUUUGGGAAGAGCUGGAUUUAUGAAAGGCGGCUUCCUCAAUAAGUUUGACGGCGGAGUGGAAAUCCUCGAUGAUCUAGACGAUCACUGGACUGCGAGAAACCACAAACAUGAACGCAACGACUUGGUCAAAGAUUUGCAAGAUCUCGCAGCUGAGAAGUCCUGCCGCAUCACAAUCCUCAGCGGAGAUGUUCAUCUUGCGGCAAUUGGCCAGUUCCAUUCCAACCCAAAACUCAAGAUCCCGAAGGAUCGAGAUCAUCGCUACAUGCCGAACAUAAUAUCUUCGGCCAUCGUCAACACACCACCUUCCGACAUGUUGGCUGACAUCCUGAACAAACGUAACAAGACUCAUCACUUGGACAUGUACACCGACGAGAAUAUGAUCCCGAUGUUUACGCACGACGUGGACAACAAGAGACGAAACAAUAAGCAGCUGCUGCCCCGACGAAACUGGUGUUCGAUCCAAGAAUAUAGUCCUGGGUCGACCCCUCCACCAUCUCUAACAGAGACGCACUCAAUGUCGGAGGCUGCAGACGAAGAAGAGGAGCAAGUGACUCCGGAACCACGUCGCCGCCACUUUUCAUUUAGCAAAGAAGAUGUCAAUCCUCGGACUCUUUUCCGUCGAUUGAGCUCGCGAGGUGCACCUCCGACUUCCUAUCGUGACACAAUGUAUGAUCAGGGCCGAUCUGCGUCUCAUGAUGGCACGACUCAGCAGAAUGGACGUCCUGUCAGCCAUGACAGGAACGCCUCAGGCUCAAGACAAUCUUCUGGCGACUUCCAAGCCGUGCCUCAGCGGCGCGCCUCCUCAUUCGAUCAUACUUCAUCAGACGCACCUGUUCGUCCCAACACCUUUCAGCGCCGGCCAACCAAUAUGUCCGAAAAAGCAGUCAGGAAAGGAAAUGUUCCUGCCGUCGACGCUGAAGGUAACGAAAUCGACGUCAACGACCGUAUCAAUCUAGAAGGGGGGCUUGACAUCGUUUUGAACGUCGAAGUCAAUCAGAAGCAGCCGGCUGGUAUCACGAUACCCUAUCGGCUGCUCGUUCCCGCCCUCUGGUAUGACGGCAGUUCGGAUCGGGAGAAGCUCGAUGAGAAUACUGGGGUGCACAGGAAACCCACUCUUCUGAACAGAUUCGGCAUUGGUGAGAGACGAAGCCACAAAGCGGUCGGUGCUCCAAAGGGUAACUGGGGCCAAGAACAAAGCGACGAUGAGAGUUACAGUGAGGGCGAAGCGUAUUCCAAGGCAGCCGCUCCGCGUCGUCGGUUUAGCCUGUUCGGCAGCCGUAAGCCACUGAAGAAAGAUUUCAGUGACGACGAAUCAGACCAUGAUGGCCAGCCACAUAUUGGCAUCCCGGGACGGCAAUCACAGCCAUGGCAGCAGGGAAGCGUCAAUCAGCAGCCAUCUCAGCCCAGGGAGACAAACUACGCCCCGGUUAACCACGAUGUUCUCUACGACACUGAAAGUCGCCCACCAGCAAACCACAGUCUCGAACCUGCUAAGCACCCCAGUGUUCGACGCUCGUUGACCAUAGGGUCCUCGGUAAACAACCGCGCGACGCCGUCCGCCACCCGAAAUGUUAGCGACUCUUAUGCUACACGACCUCCGCCGUCCAGCUUCGGCGGCGGCCAACCUGCUAUGACAAAUACUGGCGCGAGCGCGCCUGGAAACCAUCCGCAACGUCGUCUGAGCAAGCAGGAGCGUAUUCUUGGUAUCUCGCCGUCUGACCCGCAGCCUCACAACCCGCCGGACAAGCUGAGAGGAGAUGGGAUCAUUGGCAACCACCUCCACCCUGAUGAGUCGCCGAAAGGAUAUUCAGGCAUCGAGGCGUACAAGGACCCAAAGCCGCAGAGGACAUUCAGCCUUAAGAAGGCUAGGGACUGGUUGGACGGCAGAAACAAAGACGAGUUCGACUGAGUGACGGCGCUUCCACCGUGACCUUGCGCGUGCAGAAACGGCUGACCAGGCCAAGGGUGAUGUGGACGCAAACAAUCUUUGGUGUACAGGCACAAAGGGUGUCUGCUCGAAUUGGCCUUGUCAUCAUCACCCUUUUCGGGUUGCAACCAGUCGAGUCAGAUUGUUCCAUGAUUUCGGCUUCUGCGUUGAGGACAAAGUUGGACGAAUUUUCUCCUGGAUAUCUAUUGCAUCGAGCUUGGCCGAGUUUUGUCACUUCCUUUUUGGGCUAGGAGCUACCUGCUUUUUUGAGCGAUUCCUGAGCUGGUCAUUGGACAUUUUCUUCUCUUCGGGGCAAUCAUGCACAUUUUCACACUUCUUUCCAUGUAAUUCAUUUCCACGUCUGACGAACAAUUUGAACGGUCUCAUAUCUCAUUCCUGCGUGUUUUGUUUCGCUGAGACUGUGCCAGUGACAGUGAUACUAGGCUUUUUUUACUUAAAAGUGUCUUGUCUUCCCCUAUC